GUUCAGCUAUUGUCCAAGAAGUGCCCGGCAACGUGAAACAAUAAAAAGUGCUCCGGAGUAUUUCGUUGAAGGGCAGUGUAAAGCAGUGCAAAGCAAUCGGUUGCGGUAGAUCCGACGUUUAUAAAAAGAGAAUCGCCGUUUAUUCUCACUUUUAUUUAAAUCCUCCUCCAGUUGCUGGUUAUUACUGCGAUAUUCAGAGUGAGCGUGAAAGUGGGCAAAGUUUCGUUUUGACCUUUUAGAGAAAGUGAUUUUUCGUUCGAUUUAUUUCUUUUUUUUUUUCAACGUUAAAAUGGAUGUACAAGAAUUCAGGGAGUUUGGCAAAGCCGCUGUGGAUUACAUUGCUGAUUAUUUUGAGACAAUUAGGGAUAGGCCAGUCCUGUCGUCGGUGAAGCCGGGCUACCUGGGCGAGUUGCUGCCCAAAGAAGCCCCGCAAACGGGCGAGUCCUGGCAGGACGUGCUGCAGGACGUCGACAGGAUCAUCAUGCCGGGCCUCACGCAUUGGCAAUCGCCGCGAUUUCACGCCUACUAUCCCACAGCGAACUCCUUUCCCUCCGUCAUCGGCGAAAUGCUCAGCGCUGGAUUCGGCUGCGUCGGUUUAAGCUGGAUCGCAAGCCCGGCAUACACGGAAUUGGAAGUCGUGAUGAUGAACUGGCUGGGUAAGCUGCUAAACCUUCCGGAGGAAUUCCUGAAUUGUUCAGAAGGACCGGGAGGAGGAAUAAUCCAGGGAUCAGCGAGCGAAGUGACAUUCAUCGGCCUGCUGGCCGCCAAAGAGAAGAAAGUCAAAGACCUGAUGGAAGCGAAUCCGGCCCUAAAAGAGACCGACAUCAGAGGCAAACUGGUGGCCUACUCCUCCGACCAAUCGAACUCCUCCGUGGAGAAAGCCGGCCUGCUGGGCUCGGUGCCCAUGAAGCUGCUGCCGGCCAACGAAAGCGGCCAGCUGACGGCCGAAACCCUCCUCGAAGCCAUCAGACAGGACAAGGAGCAGGGCCUGAUACCGUGCUACUUGGUGACCAGCUUGGGCACGACUCCCACCUGCGCGUUCGACGACCUCCUCGAGCUCGGGCCGCUGUGCAACCGCGAAGGCAUCUGGCUGCACGUGGACGCCGCCUACGCGGGCACCGCCUUCGUCUGUCCCGAGUACCGCUAUCUGAUGAAAGGCGUCGAACUGGCCGACUCGUUCAACUUCAAUCCGCACAAAUGGAUGCUGGUGAACUUCGAUUGCUCCGCCAUGUGGGUGAAGAACGCCAAGUACUUAGUCGAAGCGUUCAACGUGCAGAGGAUAUACUUGAAGGACAACCACAACGGGCUGGCUCCGGAGUACCGCCACUGGCAGAUAUCGCUCGGCAGGCGGUUCAGGGCGCUGAAGCUGUGGUUCGUGCUGAAGAUCUACGGCGUGGAGGGCAUCCAGAAGCACGUCAGAGGCCAGAUACGGCUGGCGAAGCAGUUCGAGUGCCUGGUGUUGCAGGACGGGAGGUUCGAGGUGUGCACGUCCAGCAUGGGGCUGGUCACGUUCCGGCUGAAGGGCGACAACGACCUCACCGAGCGGCUGCUCGAGAAGCUCGACCAAAGAAAGCGGAUCUUCGUCAUCGCCGGCCACUUCGGCGGCAAGCUCGUCAUCCGGUUCGCGAUCUGCAGUAGACUGACCAACGGCGACGACGUGGACCUGUCUUGGGCGGAGAUCAAGUCGCAGGCGGACGGGAUCGUGCCGAUGGCGGAUCUGCGCGAGGAAAUGAAGGUGAAGAGGAGCAUCGGCUCGUUCGAGCUCACCGAUACGGCCAGGGAGAAGAUUCGAUGCGAGAAAUCCAAAUGAUGCGAACCUGUACGUUUUAUACCUCCUGCCUAAUUCGUUCAAAUUUAAAGUAGAAUUGUAAAUGAAUUUAUUUAUUAUAAGAAAAAUUUAGUUUGGUAAUUUAAUAAAAAAAAAUGUGAUAAAAUUUGGAUUUUGUUUCAAUAAAAGUUUAUUUAUGUAAAUGGUU